GAAUCGCUUUUACUAUUUGUCUACUACCGUGGUGCGAAUGUUGGAAGCAUGGAAGCAAAGCAAAGGCCGAGAAUGGCGGCAACCCAUCCCUAUAUCUGAAUCUAAAAUCCCAUAUCAACCCCACACCACACUACUCACUAUUCACAUCACCUUGUCAUGUAGAGACAGAGGUUUGCUAGUUUCUAAAAGAUUUAUAGGAAGGUGGUCUCCUUUGAAGAGGAAAAAAGAAAAAAGAUAAGCAUUCAGCAUAACCUCCGCUUUAAAUUUCUCCUUUUUUCCCCACUAUCUGCCAGAUUCAAAAAAAGGGUAUAGAGUUAGAGGUGGUUAAGACUUAAGAGGCUCUCUUCUCAAAUUUAGGGGGGGUUUGUGGCUUAUUUGAUGGAAAAGGCAGUUUCCCAAAUAGGGAAAGUGGAUUCAUUAUGAACAUGGCUGGCUAUAGCGUUUCAGACAAGGCAACCAAUGAGAGUAGUAGCAUUGAAGCUGUUGAUUUGGGUGUGAAGCUGCAAAGUAGUAAAUUAUUGCUUCCUGGGAAGAUGAUGGUGGUUCACCAUGAUAAUCAUCACCGUCCAUUUCCACCUUAUGCAAUUUGUUAUGGUGAUGUUGAUGCUGAUGGUCCCACAGGUAACAACAAGAAGCCUAAGACCAGUAAUAUAUACGAUGUUUUUCAAAGCAGUGAUUCUGGUGCUGCUGCUGUUGCUGUUGCUGCUAUUGCUAGUGGUGGUGCAGUUGGUGUAAGGACUCUGCAGCCUUUUGACGUUGCUCCCACUACACCCUUUGCUGCUCACACCGCCUUCAAAUCCCCAGGAGGGAUGGCGGCAUCUUUGGAGUUUCCUUUUACAAAUGCACAGUGGAAGGAGCUUGAGAGACAAGCUAUGAUAUUCAAGUACAUGAAGGCUUCUGUUCCUGUGCCACCUGAUCUGCUUAUUCCCAUCACGGGAAGCGCCUCAGUUCCAGCUGCUUCCAACUCCGCUUUGGGUGGUGGUGCUCUAAAUCUGAGGUUCUCAAGCAGAGGGGAUCUUGAACCAGGGAGGUGCAGGAGAACAGAUGGAAAAAAAUGGAGGUGCUCUAGAGAUGUGGCGCCUGACCAAAAGUAUUGUGAGCGUCACAUGCAUAGAGGUCGUCCCCGUUCAAGAAAGCCUGUGGAACUUCCUAACAAGAAGACCCGCCAUACACAUACUCAAGCUCUUCCUUCAACUUCUUCCACUAUUCUCACUAAGAAUGCUUCUCCAUCACAGUUUCUUGGAACUCUUGCUCAGCCCUUCCGUCAGAAUCAGACCACUUUUUUUCUUGAUAAGCCAAGUGAAAAAGCUGCAACAUUUUGGCCCGUGGCCUCUGUUUCUUCCUACAAGGAACCUAGGAACUCGGACUGGAUUGUGAGUGAAGAACUCAUUCCCUUGGCUUCAUCUGACCAACGGUGGCAUUAUCUCAUGCAAACAGUACCAACUUCUGUCAGAUCUUUCUCCAAUGCUGAUAACUCAUCUGUUCUCAACCAAAACUACAAUAAGGAACCUCUGAACUUAAAUUCAUAUGCAAAUUUCAAUGCUACAGAAGAUCAACAAAGCAACCGUUGCCCUUUGUUUCUCAAUUCUGAAAUAGUUCCGCUAGAGAAGUCCCCAGAAAUUGCUGCAAGAGGCUUUAUUGAUGCGUGGUCUACUGGUGUAUCAGAAAACCGCAAAGCCAACUCAGGAACUGAAACCUCUGUUUCCUUUAAUGGAAAAUUCUCUCUUUCAUCACUUUCUCUCUCAAUGGGAGUCACUGACAUCAGGGAUGAUGAGAUGGCCCCUAUUCAUAUGGGACUGGGAGUGACUGAGUCUGAUCAGAACCAUGAAUAUGCUUCCAAAUCACAUCUCUCAAGCUGGUUAGGCCCUGCCUCUUGGGCUGCUUCCACACCUGGAGGCCCACUAGCAGAAGUAUUAAGGCCUAGCAAGAUCGCCAGCGCCGUAGCAACCACGGAAGGCAGCUCUAAUUCAUCAUCUCCCGUUACUGGGAAUGGAAAUUCUUGUAGUCCACCGCUGACUGCAGUGUCUUCACCAUCUGGUGUUUUACAAAGAACCCUUGCUUCAUUUUCUGAUAGCAGUGGUAGCAGCAGCCCAACACUGGCCAGUUCAGGGGCCAAACCUGAGAUAGGUUCGAUGUGGCUUAAAGGAAAUUAACAUAUCGUCCUGUUGGAAUUGAAGCCAAGAAUUUACUAGAAACGAUAUUGUUUUUUUUUUUGUUUUGGCGUUCUUUAAUUGGUUACUUCGUUGUUGGUUUAUGAUGUUUAUCCUAAUUAGGUUGUGUAAUUGUGCAAUAGCAGCGGUUUUUUAAGAACUUGUCAUAGUGCUUUUGUGAACUGCAAAGAAGAGAAUCUGUCUGAAAUUGUUCUUUGACUGGCAUCAUGGAAGUUUAUAGCAUACUGAUUCUUAGAUCUUUGCGAAGAGAGCAAGAAAAUGGUACUACUCUUUGGUUAGUAUAUGAUUUUCCUGCUAGUAUGGUCCUACCUCUAUGGCGGAAAAUGUGAUUGUACUCUGUUGAAUUUAAACAUGGAAAGUUUGAAGCAUUGUAUGUU